UCGGGCGCGGAAGGCGGGUGUUUAGCGAGGACUCUCGGUCCCGGCUCGGGGCCCCGCGGCAGCGGUACCAUGUUUCUUCACUCCGUCAACCUCGGGAACCUGGCGUUUUAUGCUUUCAUGAUCUUCAUGGCAACCCUGGGGCUGUGGGAUGUCUUCUUCGGCUUCGAGGAGAACAAGUGCAGUAUGAGUUACAUGUUCGAGUACCCGGAGUAUCAGAAAAUAGAACUUCCAAAGAAACUGGCAAAACGCUAUCCUGCAUAUGAGUUGUAUCUUUAUGGAGAAGGAUCCUAUGCUGAAGAACACAAAAUUCUGCCUUUGACGGGGAUUCCAGUUCUCUUUCUUCCUGGUAACGCUGGAAGUUAUAAGCAAGUUCGUUCUAUUGGCUCUAUAGCACUUCGAAAAGCGGAAGACAUUGACUUCAAGUACCACUUUGACUUCUUCAGUGUGAACUUCAAUGAAGAACUGGUGGCACUAUAUGGUGGAAGUCUUCAGAAGCAGACCAAGUUUGUACAUGAAUGCAUUAAAACAAUUCUGAAACUCUACAAGGGUCAAGAAUUUGCUCCAAAAAGUGUGGCGAUAAUUGGUCAUUCUAUGGGUGGCCUUGUUGCAAGAGCGUUGCUUACAUUGAAAAAUUUUAAACAAGAUCUGAUAAAUCUUCUUAUUACACAAGCAACACCUCAUGUCGCUCCUGUGAUGCCAUUAGAUCGUUUCAUUACAGAAUUUUAUAUGACUGUAAACAACUAUUGGAUUUUAAAUGCCCGACACAUAAAUUUAACCACACUUUCUGUAGCUGGAGGAUUCCGAGAUUACCAAGUUCGUUCAGGAUUGACGUUUCUGCCACAGUUAAGCCAUCAUACCAGUGCCUUAUCUGUUGUGAGCUCAGCAGUGCCUAAGACCUGGGUCUCAACAGACCACCUCUCCAUAGUGUGGUGUAAACAAUUGCAGUUGACCACAAUUCGAGCAUUCUUUGAUCUUAUUGAUGCUGAUACUAAGCAAAUAACUCAGAAUUCCAAGAAGAAAUUGUCAGUUUUGAAUCACCACUUUAUAAGACACCCAGCAAAACACUUUGAGGAAAAUCCAGCAAUAAUUUCUGAUUUAACAGUUACAUCUAUGUGGGUCCCGGUAAAAGUGUCCAAAUGGACCUACGUGGCUUACAAUGAAUCUGAUAAGAUAUAUUUUACAUUUCCUCUUGCAAAUCAUAGAAAAAUCUACACUCAUGUCUAUUGUCAGAGCACCAUGCUGGAUACAAAUAGUUGGAUUUUUGGAUGCAUAAACAGUACUUCUAUGUGCCAGCAAGGGGUUGAUUUAUCAUGGAAAGCUGAACUGCUGCCAACAAUUAAGUAUCUGACAUUAAGACUCCAAGACUAUCCAUCUUUGUCUCAUCUUGUUGUUUAUGUACCGUCUGUUCAUGGAAGUAAGUUUGUUGUAGACUGUGAAUUCUUUAAAAAAGAGAUGAGAUCCAUACAGCUUCCUGUAACUCAUCUUUUUUCCUUUGGGUUGUCUUCAAGGAAAGUGGUAUUAAAUACAAGUGGCCUGUUCUACAAUAUAGAGCUUCUGAACUUUGGACAGAUAUAUCAAGCUUUUACAGUCAACGUGGUAAGCAAGUGCUCAGGAGUGAAAGAAGAAAUAACUAGUAUCUACAAACUUCAUAUUCCCUGGUCUUAUGAAGAUUCACUGACCAUUGCACAGGUUCCAUCUUCCACAGAAAUUUCUCUGAAACUUCAUGUUGCUCAACCAGAAAAUGACAGCCAUGUAGCAUUAUUAAAAAUGUACACAUCAUCAGACUGUCACUAUGAGGUGACAGUUAAGACUUCCUUUCCACAAAUACUUGGACAGGUAGUUAGAUUUCAUGGUGGAGCUCUUCCUGCCUACAUUGUAUCUAGUAUCCUUCUUGCUUAUGGAGGACAAUUAUACUCUCUUUUCUCAAUAGGUCAUUGCUUAGAGUAUGAUAUUAUGUUGGAUAAAGAAGCCAAACCCUACAAAGUUGAUCCUUUUGUAAUUACAAUUAAGUUUCUGUUGGGGUAUAAAUGGUUUAAAGAAUUAUGGGAUAUAUUAUUGUUACCAGAAUUAGAUGCCAUGUUUUUAACUAGUCAGAGUAUGUGUUUCCCCCUUGUGUCCUUGAUUCUUUUUCUAUUUGGAACGUGUACUGCCUACUGGGGCGGCCUACUCUCUUCUACAACUGUGAGAUUCCUUUCUUCAUUGUGGCUAGCUUUGAAAAGACCCUCUGAACUUCCUAAAGAUAUCAAGGUGAUAUCACCAGACUUGCCCAUUUUGACAGUCGUUUUGAUCAUAGUUAGCUGGGCAACUUGUGGAGCAUUUGCCAUACUUCUCACUUAUCUUUACUAUGUGUUUAAGAUUGUUCAUCUGCAUGCCAGCCUAACAACUUUUAAAAAUAGCCAGCCUGCGAAUCCCAAACACUCCAGAAGAAGUGAAAAAAAGUCCAGUCAUCAUAAGGACUCUAUAGUACACCAUCUGCGUUUAUCAGCUAGUGAUGCUGAAGAUAGUCUUCGGAUGCACAAUACUGUGAUUAACUUAUUAACAUGGGUUGUGUUACUCAGUAUGCCAUCUUUAAUUUAUUGGUUAAAGAAUCUUAGGUAUUAUUUUAAACUUAAUCCUGAUCCAUGUAAACCUUUGGCAUUUAUUCUUAUUCCAACUAUGGCAAUUCUUGGAAACACUUACACUGUUCCAAUAAAAUCAAGUAAAUUGUUGAAGACUACUUCGCAGUUUCCACUUCCUCUUGCUGUUGGUGUGAUUGCUUUUGGGUCAGCACACUUAUACAGGGUUCCAUGCUUUGUCGUCAUUCCUCUUUUACUCCAUGCGUUAUGUAACUUUAUGUGAGAUUGGAUUUAAAGAAUGGUAAAGAUUAUUUAUGCCAUUAGGGCCAGUAAUAAGAAGGGAAUGCACAGAUCCAUUAGUAUGGACAUCAAGAUUCUUUGGAGAAGACAAGUCUAUUUUUACAGUAUUGAAAAUAGGAAAUUAGUUUUGUAAUGCUUGAGGAAAGUAGUUGAAGCAUGUUUUGUUUUGUGGUGUGGUGUCUGUGUAGUAAUGAUUUUUGGAAAAAUUACUAAAAGGAUAUGGUAGCCGAUAUCUUGGAGAACUCUUCUGCACAUCAGCUAAUUGGGUUGGUUGAUGAUACCAGGGAUCUUCUCCUAGAGACUCAGUAGAUGCAUCAUUGUUUAUAAUCUCACCUCAAGCAUUAUGCUCUUGUUUCAUAAAACUCUUCUGAAAAAUGAGUUACUUUGUAUUCACUUCAGUUUACAUAUUGAGAAAUAAGUCUUAAAAUGUUGGUGAAAUUUACAAAUGUUUGUUUUCUCAAAAGUGAGAUAGUCCCGAAGAGUCUUUGGUCAGUUUUUGGCAACCAUGGUGAACAAAGUAGAUCUCUUGUUUUCUUAUGUCUAAGAAAAUGUAGCUUUGAAUUCUGAGAAAGCAUGUGUUCUCAGUAGCCAGCGUAAGAUGGAUGAUAGAAAUGUAAUUCCAACUCAAAACUUAAUGAAAUUUUCUUGCUACUUUUCAAAUACAAAUCCUGUUUUGUAUUGUUGGUGAAUAUUUAAAAAAAAAACAAAAAACUAUCCAUCGAGUCAGUUCUGACUCAUGGUGACUCCAUGUGUUUCAGGGUAGAACAGUGCUCCAUGGGGUUUUCAAUAGCUGACAUGUUUUGGAAGUAGAUCGCUAGGCCUUUCUUCCGAGGCACCUGUGGGUGGAUUCAAAUUAUAAACCUUCUGGUUAGUAACUGAACACUUAACUGUACCACCCGGGGACUCUUUGGUGAGUAUUAGGAGACUACCAAAGAGUUCUAAGUUUAAAGGUAAAGAAAAUUCUCAUAGAUAUUUACUUAUAGGCAUUGGAGUAGUUCAGUUGUUCAGACUAUACCACUUCGUUUAAUUUAUUGCCCCCAUGGUUGCCAAAAGUACCUCAGGUCAUGAUGAAUUAUUAAAAAUAACUAAAUUGCAGCAGUCAGAAACAACUCUAGGUUAGUACAAUAUUUAUCUACUGUGAAAAAAAAGAUCAGAAUGGUCAAAUGCAAUACCAUUUUUGGUUUAUGAAAUUAUACUAUUAAUGGAAUAAUAGUAGACAAACUGUUACCCCAUUAAUAGUGUAAGUAUAAACAGUAUACCUGAAUAGAGAUUUUAGGCACAAGGUUUAUCAGUGGAAUCUUGAUUUGCCCAUGUUACUUCUAGGAUUGCUAUUUCACUAAUAGAGACUUACAUAUCUGUUUCAUUUCAGACUUCAGUUUAUUUUUAACUACAAACAAGUAGGAAGUAGGUGGCGGAGCUCAGUAGAAGAGCAUACUGUCUGCCUUAGGAUAGAAUAAACUCAGACUGAGGUACACCUGGCCCACUGCACCCUUCUUUGAGAUAUGUAUACUGUGAAUACUCAAAACCUCGAGUUAAAGUCCUAAAGUACUAGUGUUUUUGCGGUUGUACCUGUGGACUUACGUCCUUGUUAGUACCCAGCAUGUCCUAGGGUACCGGUUUCAUUUUAUCUGCCAUUGUGUCUGGACUCCAUUAAAACCUCUCAGCUGCUACUGCCCGUCAAGGGUUACCCCACUUUACUGCUAUAAAAGGUUACCCCCACUUCUCAGUUGUUUCUUAGGUCCUUGCUGUGUUGGCAUCAGUUGAAGAAGGUCUUGCUAUAUUCUGAGAGUUUGAUUUUUUUCAGAUUUCGUUGUUGUCUUUCCCUGCUUCAUACCUGUUGUUCAUCAUUCAUAUUUUCACUUACUGAGACCUUUAAGGAAACCCUGGAGGUGUAGUGGUUAAGAGCUACGGCUGCUAACGAAGAGGUCCGUAGUUUGAAUCCACCAGGCACUCCUUGGAAACCCUGUGGGGCAGUUCUGCUCUGUCCUAUAGGGUUGCUAUGAGUUGGAAUCGACUCGACAGCAAUGGGUUUGGUUUUUUUGUUUUUGAGACCACUAAAGGGAAGUGAUAACCUUAUAGUAGACAUAGCAUACCAGGCUCUUAAUUGUUUGAGAAGAGUAGCAAAAGGUAAAUAAAUUACAAAAUGUUGAUGUGUUCAGGACCGGAGAAGAAAGAUUAGGUUAUAUACUUGCCCUUUUGCAUACCACAUAUAUAUAUUUAAGUAUGGACGCAUCUGCCUAUGUUUGGCUAUACAUAUACUCAUAAACAUCUUUUAUACACGUGGUGUGUUUUCUUUUGUCAUUGAUAUUCUACUUGUAUCUCAAAUUAGAGGUAGAAUAUAUCACUUAUCUGUUUCUGAAUUUGGACUUAGGUCCAAAUUUCUACAGAAAAAACUGUAGAAAAUUCAUUAAUUUGGAUCUUCUAUUGACAGCCAUAAUCAUUGUGUUUAUGUGAACUAAAGCCUCCUUGUUUAGUCAGUACUAAUCAUGAAUAAAAUAUAACAAGCUUCAGUUUCAUUUGUCAGUAAGCAGCAACCUAGGCACACUAAUUCUCACUAAAAUAUGAGUGUAAUUAUCAUCAAAACCUAAUGUCUUAUUUAUGCCAACAAAACAUUUCAUUUUAGGGGGCUACAAAAAGCUUUCUGAUUAAACAUUUUAUGAACAAUAUUGCUUGGGUUUUUAACCAUUGUAUACAUGAAGAAAUGUAUGUGUAUAUUUACAUUCUAACAGGGUCUUCAUAAAGUCCUGAUGCACUUUUAAGCCUAAGUAACAACCACAGAUGAGAAAAGUAGGUUCUGUCUGAAGAUUAGCAAAAUUUAUGAUUCUCUCACUUGAGAAAAGGAGAGCUGUUUUUUUUUUUUUAAUUACGCAUUCUUUCUAUCAUACCUGUAAUUUAUAUUAUUAGCUGGUAAAGCAGAAUAGAUUUAUUAGCAGUGUUAUUCAAAAUAAAGGUUUUAUUGGCAGUUAGGGAUUAUCUAAUUCAGCAAACUUCUGAGCUCUACUGAGCCAUUUUUAUUUAGUAAUUGCUGAGUUUUGAGUAAGUUUUGUGCUUAUAAAAAUUAUUCCUAGAUCCCUCUGUUGAUAAAACUAGAUCAAAUAUAGAAUGGCAAGAAAAAUACUGAGCACUUUCAGUGUUUCUAAAACCUCUUCUGGAGUUACUUCUAUUAUAAUUUGAAACUAAGAACUUGUGAGAAAUUGCUAAUGCUCUUUUUUUCUGGGCCUUUUUCCUGUCAGGAGUUAAACUGGUUCUGCAACUCUUUUUUUGUUUAUCACCCAGAACAAAAACUUUUAAAACGGUGGUCCUGAAGAACCCAUUUGUGCCUGAUUAACAUUGAUUUUGAGUUCUUCAAUAUAUAGAUCAUGUAUUGAUUAAUCUUUAAAAUCAUUUGCAUAUUUUGGUCUGAUAAAUUCAUAUGUACAUAAUAGAAUAACAUUUCUUGAUUGAACUACACUCUAAUAUCCACCUGAUUAUACAGUAAGGAAAAAGUGAUAAGAACUAUAUAGUAGGCCUAGUAAAAGUUCAUUGUUGAUCAUCAUAUCACUCAUGUAGACAGUAUACAUUUCCACCACACACAGAAAUACAUGUAUGAGGCAGAUUGUCUUGAUUUAUUAUCUAGUUCCCAUGCUUUUUUUUUUUUUUUAACUCUUCGGACUUCUCAUUUAUAGCAUAGUGUGUUCAGUUCACUUUGCUGCUUAUUAGUGGUCAAGUGAAAUGAAAGCAGGUAAAACUCAAUUUUCAAUGUAGUUCUUGAAAGCUCUGGGAAAAACAGGAGACACAAAGAUGAUAAGGUAAACUAGAGCUGUUGAUUUCUGAGUCCUGGGUACUUCAGUUAGUCUAUAUUCUCAUCUUAGAUACUAUGCCUAAAUCAGUGUAAUGUCUUAUUUUAUUAUUACUUUUUUUCAUGUAAAACUUCUACAGUACUAUAUCUGAAAUAUUAGUAAUUUAUUACUAAAAUCAUUUGGGAAAAAUAAAACAUGUAGGACCUUCUAUGACUAGGCAUUUAUUGAUUAUUUUUCAUCAUCACUUUUUCUUUUCUCGAUAUGUAGUGUUUGUGAACUUGUACAUCAUAGGAAUUAGGAUACCUUGUGAAGUUUAUUGAGGAAGGUCAGUAUGGAGAGCAUGGCAUUCCCCAGGAUAACGGAAGCAAUAAAAUUAUCUGUGUUAUUAUGAAAUUAUACAGAAAACUUCCUUGCCAAAUAAGGUAAAUACAGAAAAUAUUUUACAAAAUAAGUGACAUGAUUGGGAGCUAAAUUUUUAUCCUAGUCUUUUCGAGCAAAGAACAACAUUUUAAAAUCUAAUGGACUUUUAUUUAUACACAUUAUUCAAGCAUUCUUUCAUACUAAAUUUUAACAAACUGAGGAGAAAAGUCUGAGGACUUCACACAUUCUUUACUUUUAGUAGGAAUUUAUAGGAAAGAGAAGUCGGUCAGUAAUCCAGAUCCAAAUAUGUGUACUGUAAAUGCUCAUGAAUUCACAUUUUUUGAAAAAUAAAUUGUGAGUACAGAAGACUGAAUUUUUUGUAUAUUAGUAACAGUUUUGAGAGCAGAAUAAAAUUUAGAAAUAUCCAAACAUCUGCUUAGGAGAAUUGUGAAAAUAGACAAACGGUUAUUCCAUUAACAGUAUGAAUUUAAACAGUACACCUGAAUUGAGAACAUAUGUCUUUCAAAAGUUAGGUUAUAUUCUAAGCUAUAUCUUGAUUAAAUUGUCAAUACUUGGUAAUUUUUAAAUCAAGUACAGUACUCUCUUAAAGUAGCUUGGCAUGUGAAGCUGCCAAAAAUGUUUUGAAAUACCAAGUAACCAGUUAAUUUCUGAUGGCUUUAUAUAGGACUUGAUAUAUAUGAGUAAGAAUCAUUCUGCACUCAUUCUCCAGAUUAUAACUUUGAACAUUUAUGAAAAACUGUAUAUGGUGAUAUGUUUUGAUUAGUGUAAAUUUGUUUGCAUAUUUGAAUCCUAAUCUUAGUUUAGGAAGUCUAGAAGUAGCCGUUUUUGUAAAGUUCAUAUGCUAUUAUUUUUUAAUAUUUGGUUUUUAGUAUUCGUAUAGUAGUAAUGUGACUAGUAAAAAAUUAUAAACAAAGUAUAGAACUAUUGUUCAAAAGCCUAAGUGCUGGGCGUAUUUUGUAUUUCAUGUUGCACUUGCUGUGUUUCAUAUUGGACUUUUUACGUCCCUUUUUAAGGAAAAAAACGUAUUUGAAUUUUUUUUAGCAUGAAGCUCAACAUUGGGAACUGUUAAACUGUAUUCAUACGGUUAGCAAAACAUUUUGCCACCAAAGCUAAAUGAAACUGUGAAAUACCUCUGGAUAUUUGUGCCAGUGCACUUUUCUUAGCAUACUGAGGUAAAGCAAAAAUAAUCUUUUCAGUAUUUUUCAGCUAGGACUUUAACAAAUAAAUCGUGAAAGCUUAUGCUUCAUACCCUAAUUUUUCUUUGAAAAUAAGGCUUAUAGUAUAGUUAACUCUAUUUUGUUUGAUUUCUGGAAUACUGUUCUUGGAUUGUUCAUUUGAAGUAUUCUACAUAUCUUGCAUACAGAUCUAUUUUGUGAGGUAAGACCUUAAUUUUUGUUGUAUAGGGCCAUUUUUAGUACAGGUGUCCCUCAUUUAUGUAACAGAAAGUUUACCAUGGAAUUAAAAAAAAAUUGUUUUCUAUAUAUUUCCAUUCAGUCCCUUUAUACUAUCACAUGUUUCACAAGGGGAAAAUAUUCACAGAACCUAAUAUAUAGUACCAUAAAGUGUAAAAAAAAAAAAAUUAAAUGCGUAGCUUAAAGGAAAACGUUGUAAAGUCAAGAUGUUAAUGGUAACAUUAACAAGGUGUUACACUCAUCACAGUAAAGCAGAAAUAUGAUAAACUCAGAAACUGACUUGUUUAUCUGCUUGAAAUACUUUAAUGUUUCCCCUGUAGAAACUCUCAAAGGGAAUUUCAGUCCCUCAUAUUAAAGUUUUUUCCAUCAUUUAAUGCCACGUAUUAUUUCUCUGCCCAGUAAUGUUGAGGUAAUUUACAUAAGGAGCCUUGGAAGUGAAGAGGUAACACAGAAAGGCAAAUAUUAAAAUGUUUGGCCUUGAUUUAGUAAUGGUUUAAGUCAGAGUUGACUCAACGGCAACGGAUUUGGUUUGAUUUUAUCUAAUUAUCAAUUGGUACCUAUGGGUGAUAUUAGUAAAACAAUGAUGUCCAAGACCAAAAAAUUCAGUGGACAUUGAUCUCUUAAAGAAGUUUGUCCUUUGUGUUGAAUAACUUUAUCCUAAUUAGGAGAUGCCUGUAUUUGACAUAAUCAGUCAUUCUUCAUAAUCAAGUAUGUAUUUGUUGGAAUACUGGUAGAAAUAAGCUCCCCCUCCUCCAAUGCAGAAGAAAAAGAAAACUCUACUUUUUAAUGUAUAUAACAUAGGAAAUUGUACUAAGUAUUGACACUUUUUUAAAAUGACUUAAAUAUAUUAUUUUGAAGUGAUUGUAUUACAGUUUUUAAACUUAUGACUAACUAUAAAUGUAGCAAUGUGCCCAUGAGAAACCAGACCAAAAUUGAAUAUAUAUCAUCACUGUGACCUUGAACCUGUAGUCAUUUGGGAUAAAACAGAUUGUGCCUUAAAAUGAUAAAGGAAUGCCCUGCAGUUUUAUAACUAUAUUUUACUAUGGGUGGUCUUCUCAAAUUGGCCCCAAAUCCUUUUCUUCAAGGUUGGUGAAAUAAGUUUUUUAAAAAGUUGACCCGUGUUUCCCUUAGUAUUUGCAGAACUGUUGCUCUAGUGGCCUCUUUUAAUUUCCAGAAUUCUCAUUUCAAAUUAAAAUUGGCUUAAACUCCAUAGAUGUAGGGAAUCACGUUUGGCUGAAGUUUCUGAAAAGAAUUUUUUUUGUUUUGGGAGAAGGGAGUGGCACCUCUGUUUUGAACUUAUUACACUUGGAGAAAUUAAUCCUCAAAAGUAAUGUUUCAUUAAUGAAUAAUUUAUCAAAGAUAUCAAUUCUUUCCUUAAACCUAUACUCAUUUUUCCUGACGUUAUUGAGGCUUGUAUUUGGUAUGUAUCAAAUAAAGUUAGUUUACAAUAAUGGUUUUUCAGUAAUUAAAAUUAACUUAUAUUCAUGUGGUAUAUUUUUCAACAUUAUUUUCCCCUGUGCUUCUUUUUCCUUUCUAAUUAAUUUUUAAGAUAUGAAGAGAGAACUGACUCCAAUUUUUUUUUAAUGUAAAGACUUUACAUUUUAACUAUGCUUAUUUAAAAAUAAUAGAUGUAAUUUUUAUUAAACUCCAAAUUAUCCUAUUCAUGGGGCACUCAUGGUCCCUACUGAAACAUGCCCACAUCUCUGUGUACUUGGAGUUUAUUUUAUUUUUUAGUUUUCAGUUUCAGUUUUGAACAUAAACUCAACAUCUUUCUUUUUUCCCAUUUCACCUUAACUACCUCCCCACCAAAGACAAAAAGAUAAGUUUCUCUAAAAACAUAUAGAAAGAAAACAUGUCUUUCCUUAAAGGAUGAACAACUGAGAGGGAAAUACUUUGGGGCAAGAGUAUGUAAUAAAAGAAAAUAAAUGGCUGUCAGCCUGCAUCAAUUUUUAUCCCAGAGUUAAAAGUUUACAGAGGACAAACACUUAGUUAUGCUGAUAUGGACUCAGUAAUCAUUUGUUUGCAAAUUGAUGGUUUUGUUCUCAUCCAGAGAGUACAGUGGUUGGUAACAAUACCUGACAGUGCAAAGGAAUUUGUCCUGUAGAAUAUCUGAAAAAUGAUUGUCACCUUGCAGAUGUUUUCAUUCAAACGUGCAUGAUCUUCUCCAGUACUUUGUACAGUGUAUAGUAUACUAAGCACACGUGUAAUUUUGUGUGUAUUUUUUGUAUGGUAUAAUUAACGUUAUUACAUAUAACUGGUUGUAAUUCACAAAAAAGUGCUACUUGUUGUAUUCUGUAGAGUGUUGUGAAUAUUUUUACCUGUGUUUUAACAUUAUGGUGUAGGGUUUAGUAGAUAAAUAUUUGCCUUCAGUCUCUGCUCAGGUAUUAAUGUGUAGCAAUUUUUGGUGCUUUCUUUUUAAUCUGUCAUAAUCUGGUGUUCUGAAUGUUCAACAAUAAAUUUGAUGAACAAGCAUAUAUGGUGCUGAGAUUGCUUACCAGUUCACAUACUUUCCUUGAUGCCAUCUCUGGAAAAAACCUUCUAUACAACAUGUCUAACGUGAAAAUAAAUUAGAAUGCCUAAGCAUGGGACAUAAUGAACAUGAAACUUCACACAUAAAUAAAGCAAGGUAAAUACUAGUAUUUUCCAACUUGGCAUUUGUUAGCUACCUACGUGCAUUUUUAUGGACAUUUCAUGGUUCACAUUCUAUUUUAAGGAAUUGUUCAGUUAUGCUUCUCCCAGAAGCCAUGCUUUCCACUUUCCUAACACUAACUUGAUGUUUAUUCCUGGCUGCCCAGUUUCCCAACUUAAUUGAGAACGACUAAGGACAUUGUUUAUAAAUACCAGGUCAUCCCAAACUACUAGGUCUUUACAGGAGAAACCUGGGUGUCUGUUUUAACAAGUGCCCCCGAAAAGUAAUUCCCAAACAAGUCAGUGAACAUUGACCUGGUCAAUAAAAUUGACUUGCCUAGAGAUCCUAGAAGCAACUAAAAAGACUGUCCUUAGAAUUAUAGGGUGCCAAAAGAGACACUAAGUAAUUUAACAUAGAUCCAAACUUUAUUACAGAACUGAUGGGAGGGGUGCCUUAGAUUAAAAUGUGUUAAAAUGCUUCUGACAAUGAAUAUCUUCUUACAUGUUCAUUAGAACAAACUCAACUGGGUUUUCUGCUGAGGGUUGCACACAGCUGAAAUCAAGGUGUUGGCCAAGGCUGCUACCUAGUCUGAGGCUCAUUCAGGUUCUUGGCAGAUUCAGUUCCUUGUCGUUGCAGGACUGAGGUCCCUGUGUUUUUGUUGGUUGUUAACCUGGGGCUGUUGUUACGACCUAUAAAAUGCCAUGCAUGCCCUACCACAUGGCAG